UUGCCCCUUUUGUGUAUUCUAGUGGUAGUGAUGGAUAGGAAACAAACACAACGCAAGUUGCUGCCCCUAGAUUGUGGAAUGCGCACCCUACUGAAAUGCGAUCCUCCCCAUCUCUGGCAAUUUUUAAAAAGCCUUUGAAAACCCAUCUCUUCACAGAAGCUUUUUCCAGUGUUUAAAAAAAAAUAAUUAGGUUUUAAUCUGUUUUUUUACUCUUAAAUCGUUUAAAUUGUUUUAAGUUUUGUGUAUGUUUUUAACUUGUCUUAUGUUCUUGUUAACCACCCAGAGACAAAAGUUUGGGGUGGUGUGAAAAUGUGAUAGAUAAAUAAAUGAAUAUUAUGUGAAAUAAAAACCAGCAGCAGGCAACAUUGGGAGUCUGAGCCCAUUUGGGACAAGGAGUGAUCUUUUGCUGCUUCUUUUUCUGUGCAAAUCUCUUAAGAGCUUUUUCACCGGAAAGCAGUAUAUUAUUAUGUUAUAUUUCCUGAAUGAUUGGUUGGUUUGUGUGAAAUAAAGUCAUCCUUCCCGGUUACCUACAGAGGUACCAAAUUUGGCACGAACAAGCCUCCCACUUGAAUUAGCUGAAUGUACCACUUCUGACGGAAUAUGCACAGUGAAAAUGCCUGCUUCGGUUGCCUGCGUUCUGUCCACUGACUGGAUCAAGUGCUGAUAGCCAUGGCGAACGUGAGCAGCAUGGGAGACACCAGCCUCUCUCGCAUGAGCAUUGCCUCCCAGUUCUUUGCUGGGGAGGAAACCACUGGCAUAGACACCAUGACUACCUCGGAGAGGGUUGUGGAUUUGUUAAAUCAAGCUGCAUUAAUCAGCAAUGAUUCAAAAAUCACUAUCCUCAAGCAGGUCCAGGAAUUAAUUAUAAACAAGGAUCCCACAUUGCUGGAUAACUUCUUGGAUGAGAUCAUUGCCUUCCAGGCAGACAAGUCUGUCGAGGUGCGAAAGUUCGUCAUCGGGUUCAUCGAGGAGGCCUGCAAACGGGACACGGAACUGUUGCUCAAGCUCAUUGCCAACCUGAACAUGCUGCUGAGGGAUGAGAAUGUCAACGUGGUGAAGAAGGCUAUCCUGGCCAUGACCCAGCUGUACAAGGUGGCCCUGCAGUGGAUGGUAAAAUCCAGAGUUAUCAACGACAUGCAAGAGGCCUGCUGGGAGAUGGUGUCUGCCAUGGCCAGUGAGAUCAUCCAGCUGCUGGAUUCGGACAACGAUGGGAUCCGCACCCAUGCCAUCAAGUUUGUGGAGGGGCUAAUCAUCACCCUCUCACCCCGCAUGCCCGAUUCAGAGGUGCCCAAGCGUCACGGGAAUGACGUCAGUCUCGACCGAGUCCCGAAGGACCACCCUUACAUCAAAUACAAUGUUCUGUGGGAAGAAGGGAAGAUGGCGCUAGAGCAGCUACUGAAGUUCAUGGUGCACCCAGCCAUCUCCAGCAUCAACCUGACUGCAGCAUUGGGCUCCUUGGCCUCCAUUGCCCGCCAGCGGCCCAUGUUCAUGUCGGAGGUGAUCCAGGCCUAUGAGACGCUGCAUGCUAACCUCCCUCCCACGCUGGCCAAGUCCCAGGUGAGCAGCGUGCGGAAGAACCUCAAGCUCCACCUGCUGAGUGUCCUGAAGCACCCUGCAUCCGUGGAGUUCCAGGCCCAGAUCACUACCCUGCUGAUGGACCUGGGCACACAGCAGGCGGAGAUUGCCCGUAACAUGCCCAACCUGAAGGAGCUGCGCAAGCGCCCGCGAGAUGAGAGUGACCCUACCUCGAAGAAGAUCAAGAUCGAACCAUCCAUUGGGGAGGAUGAUGAGGAUAAAGACCUGGAGCAGGUGGCCGCCCCAGCCCCCAAGCCCUCUAUCCAGGUCAGCACGCAAUCCGACACUGACAUCACGGCAGAGUUUCUGCAGCCCCUUCUGACCCCAGAUAACGUUGCUAACCUGGUGCUCAUCAGCAUGGUGUACCUGCCUGAGAAUAUGCCUGCUUCCUUCCAAGCGACCUACACCCCAGUGGAGUCAGCUGGCACUGAGGUCCAGAUCAAACAUCUGGCCCGGCUCAUGGCCACCCAGAUGACAGCAGCUGGGCUGGGACCAGGCGUGGAACAGAUCAAACAGGCCAAGGAGGAGGUGAAAGAAGAGAAAAUGUCCAAACCUGAAAGUGUGCUGAUCAAGCGACGCCUGUCUGCCCUCAACCCUGGCCAGGCCAUCUCAGUGGUGGGCGCCUCAGGCUCUGUCUCUCCCACUAUAACGGAGCUAGGGGCACCACAGGCCAAACGGCGCCCAGAACCAAUCAUUCCAUCCACCCAACCCAGGCUGGCUGGAGCCAGUGGCCGCAAGAAGAUCUUUCGCCUGAGUGAUGUGAUCAAGCCUCUGACAGACGCGCAGAUGGACAAACUGAAGCUGGCGGCCGUGAAGCGGAUCCUGCGUUCUGAGAAGGCGGUGGCUUGCAGCGGUGCGGCUCACGCCCGGGUGAAGAUCCUCUCCUCCCUGGUGACCCAGUUUGAGGUCCCGCUGAAGAGUGAGGUCCUGAGCUUCAUCCUGAAUGACAUCCGCAACCGCCUGGAUCUGGCCUUCGCCUGGCUGUACCAGGAGUACAAUGCCUACCUGAGCCAAUACCCCACCGGCUCCCCCGACAACUACGAUGAGUGUCUCAUUGGACUGCUCUCCGGUCUGCAGGAGAAGCCUGAUCAGAAGGACGGAAUCUUCACCAAGGUGGUUCUUGAGGCCCCGCUGAUCACCGAGAGCGCCCUGGAAGUGAUCCGAAAGUACUGUGAAGAUGAGAGCCGGACAUACCUGGGCAUGUCGACUCUUCGGGACCUGAUUUUUAAGCGCCCAUCUAGGCAGUUCCAGUACCUGCAUGUUCUUUUGGACCUCAGUUCCCACGAGAAGGAUAAGGUUCGCCAGCAGGCCCUCCUGUUCAUCAAGCGGAUGUAUGAGAAGGACCAGCUGCGGGAAUAUGUGGAGAAGUUUGCACUGAACUACUUGCAGCUCCUGGUCCACCCCAACCCUCCCUCUGUCCUCUUUGGAGCUGACAAGGAUACAGAGGUGGCUGCCCCCUGGACAGAAGAGACUAUCAAGCAGUGCCUCUACCUCUACCUGGCCCUCCUUCCCCAGAACCACAAACUCAUCCACGAACUGGCGUCGGUGUACACAGAGGCCAUUGCUGACAUCAAGCGCACUGUCCUCAGGGUGAUCGAGCAGCCGAUCCGUGGGAUGGGAAUGAACUCCCCAGAGCUGCUACUCUUGGUGGAAAACUGCCCCAAAGGUGCAGAGACCCUGGUGACUCGCUGCCUGCACAGCCUGACAGAUAAAGUUCCCCCCUCUCCAGAGCUGGUGAAGCGAGUUCGAGACCUGUACCAUAAGAGGCUCCCAGACGUCCGGUUCCUUAUUCCUGUCCUCAAUGGCUUAGAAAAGAAAGAGGUGAUUCAGGCCCUACCAAAGCUCAUCAAGUUGAACCCCAUAGUGGUGAAGGAGGUUUUCAACCGCCUGCUGGGAACACAACAUGGUGAAGGUAACUCUGCUGUCUCCCCUCUGAAUCCCGGAGAAUUGCUGGUCGCCCUUCACAACAUCGAUUCCACCAAGUGUGACAUGAAGUCCAUCAUCAAAGCCACCAACCUGUGCUUUGGUGAGCGCAACGUGUACACAUCGGAGGUGCUGGCCAUAGUGAUGCAGCAGCUGAUGGAACAGAGCCCUCUGCCCAUGCUGCUCAUGCGGACGGUGAUCCAGUCGCUGACCAUGUACCCACGCCUGGUGGGCUUCGUCAUGAACAUCCUCUCCCGCCUCAUCUCGAAGCAGGUGUGGAAGUAUCCCAAGGUCUGGGAAGGCUUCAUCAAGUGCUGCCAGCGCACCAAGCCCCAGUCUUUCCAAGUCAUCCUCCAGUUACCUCCUCAGCAGCUCAGCGCUGUCUUUGAGAAGUGCCCAGAGCUGCGGGAGCCUCUGCUGGCCCACGUCCGCUCCUUCACCCCACAUCAGCAAGCCCACAUCCCCAAUUCCACAAUGGCCAUUCUGGAAGCCAGCAACAAGCAAGACCUGGAAGGGAAGGAGCUGCAGCCACUGGAGGAUGUGAGGGGCACUGCCCCUCCCAGGAACAAGGGAUUGAGAAGAGAAAGAGAGGAGGAAAUGGAGCCACAGCCUCUCCUGCCUCGUGUCUCCCAGGAUAUGAUUGCCCUGCGCUUGGCACAGGAAAAGGCCCUCAAGCGCCAGCUGGAAGAGGAGCAGAAGCUCAAGCAGCAGCAGGCCCGCCCCGCCCUCCUGCCGACCCCAGUUCCUGCUGAGGAAUCGAUGGACUUCCGUGAGGAAGUGCCUGAAGCAGAGACUCCCACCAUCUUCAUCAGCAUGCAGGAGGAAGAUGAGAGCUUUGGCAGAGAGAGCUCCUUGCUAGAUUCCAGCCUGGAGGGGCCCUGGCCCACCAAGGAGCUGCAGAGCAAAGAAGGAGGAGCCACCAGCAGCUCAGAUGAGGGGUCCUUGAGCAAGGUGUCCACAAGCAAGCAAGCCUCUCUCUCCCCAGAGGAGCCGGUGAAGGACACGCAGCCAGCGGACACAAACUCACCUAGCCCGUUAGAGGAGCAGCCAAAACCCAGCUUGGAUCAAGAAAAAAAGGCAGACAGCUGAUGAGCGUUUAAAAGCAGAUAAAAUCUUGAAUGGAAAGAGACUUGGGAAGAAGACUGGGAAAGGGGUUAGAAGCAGUAAUUGGAAAGAUUUGGAUGUUCAGAUUUAAGUAAAGAAUCGUGGAUCCUA